CGAGGGGCAGCGCGGGAUUGGCUGGGGCGCGGGGCAGGGGCGCGGCCGCCAUGUAAGGCGCGGGAGGGCCCCGGCGCUGGCGCCUCAGUCGCGGAACAGCGGCUGCUGCGGCGGUAGCUAGCGCCUGCUUAACGGCCCGCCCGCCCGUGACGAUGCUGGACCGCGAGCGCGGCUGGAGCGUCUCGUUCGCCGGCUGCGGCUUCCUGGGCGUCUACCACAUCGGGGCCGCCACCUGCCUGCAGGAGCGCGCCCCCCACGUCAUCCGCGACGCCCGGCACAUCUACGGCGCCUCCGCCGGGGCGCUGGCCGGCGCCGUCCUCGUCGGAGGCGGCUCUCUGGCUCAAGCUUGUGCAGAUGUUCUGUCAUUAGCCAAAGAAGCUAGAAAGCGAAAUCUUGGUCCUCUUCAUCCGUCCUUUAAUGUGAUAAAGAUAAUAAGGGAUGGACUGAUGAGAAAUCUUCCAGAAAACACUCACCAGUUGUCAUCGGGCAGACUGUGUAUUUCACUGACCAGAGUAUCAGAUGGUAAAAAUGCAUUGAUAUCUAAUUUUAACUCUAAAGAAGAAGUUGUCCAGGCUUUAAUCUGUAGUUCAUUUGUCCCUAUUUAUUGUGGCCUAAUUCCACCGUCAUUUAGAGGUGUGCGCUAUGUGGAUGGAGGAAUCAGUGACAACUUACCUCACUACGAAUCUAAGAAUACCAUCACAGUUUCGCCUUUUGCUGGGGAGUGUGAUAUCUGUCCAAAGGGGAAUUCUGCCAACUUCCAUGAAAUGAAUGUGACCAACACCAGCAUUCAGCUCAGUUUAGGAAACCUUUAUCGUUUAACACAAGCACUCUUUCCACCAGAACCUAAGGUACUAGGAGAGAUCUGUGAGCAAGGAUAUUCAGAUGCUCUUAAAUUCUUGAAAGAGAAUGGUAUUCUGAAUGACUCAAUUUAUAUCCACUUGUCCUUCACAAAAAGAAAUCCUCAUGAGGCUGCACAACACAUUGACCAUAUGAAGAAAAAAAUAUUGACAGAAAAUAGCAAAGUGGAAGCUUUGAAAAUGGAAAUACUUAAUGACCAGUUGAAGCAAAAUCCAUGGCCUUUGGAGAAGAGCAUAUUUGAGAGUCUACCUCCUAGACUCCGUAAAGCACUGCAGGAAGCUUGCAAAGAACAGAAUGGAUUCUACGCUCAGUUCUCAAAACUCUUCCCAAUACGGGUGAUAUCCUAUCUGAUGCUACCAUAUACGCUACCAGUGGAGUCUGCUUACUCUGUUGCUUUGAGGUUAGUAAACUGGUUUCCUGAUAUGCCUGCUGAUGUUCGAUGGAUGCAAGAACAGUUUUGUCGGAUGGCUGGUACAGUUUAUUCCCAGGCUAAAAGCAAGCUGUUCUGUACAUACAGGAAAGACAAUUAUGCAACACUAAGAAAAUGUCAAACUGUCCCAUCUGCUGUGGAAUUUCAUUCUUCAUACUGCCAUCUUAAAAUGCCUCGCUGUUCUGCAGACCUUGAAACCUGGCUCUGGGAAUCUUCAUGCUUCAUGUGCUCAGCUAUGAAAAAUGCUUCUGCUAACAUACAGGAGCAUUCAGACUUAAACUCCUAUCCUCAUUUUCUCCCAAAUUCUGAUGAGUCUGGGUUGGAAAUAGAUUUUGACUCUUCCUCAGAGGCAAGUUUCCAUACUGCUCCAGAGUAUUAAUUUGGAAGUAGAUUCCACAGGUUCCAAAAUUCCAAUUUGGCAGAGAAAUUUAAAUCCUAAAGGACUAAGGAUCACUUUGUUUAUUGCCAAUAAGUCUUGGAAAAUUAUUUGUUUACAGCUUCCUGACAAAUCUGCCUUGGGAAUUCUACUGUUUUAAGGAUUAUAAAAACAGUGGCUGCUAUACUAAGUAACAGACUACAGUUCUGUUGAAGCACCAGCUCAAUCAACUGUAGUAAGACUUGUAGUAAACAGUGUCUCUCUGGAAAUAAAUUUUUAAAAAAAUCUACUUUCAGCAUAAAAAUGUAAAUUCUGUAAACAGAUUGUUAGACAAAUAAGCAUCAAUAACAAAAGCUUUUUAAAAAUACAAAUCUUAACAGUACUAUGUGUUAGGAUUACUUUUAUAGCACUUAAAUGAAAUUGGACUUUUACUUCAUAAAGGGAAAUACACAAAGGAGCUUUUUAGUGGCCUCCAAUGUCUGUUUGCCUUAUGUUUAAACAUACUGUUGUGUUUAUGGAAAAGUUGUCUGCAUGAGAUACUGUAGGAACAGUAUUACUCUAGGUUUUGUACGCAUUCCACAGUUCAUAUUACUUCUCCUGUAUGGCUCUUUCCCUUUUCAAAUAUUUCAAGGGAAAAAGACAUAAGAAAUGGGACACAUUCCCCUGAAGUGUAUACAGGUAGUUUCAGUCAUUUCGGAGGACUUUUUUGUACUUAAUAAGGACUUAAUACUUGACUAAGUAUUGAAAAGUAGGUAAAAUAGUGGCUGUGAUUCGUAGCAAAUGGUAAUUUGAGGUGUUAAACUUUACAGAAGAUGUUAACAAAAAUCAACAUAUAGCAAGUGGUGAAUGAUGUUUAGGUGUGCUAAUUGCUGCCCAAUCUUUCUCAAUCAUUUUUUCCCCUCCAACUUGAGAGAUUUUUCUUCCCUUCUUUCACCUCCCUCUUGCUGUAAAGGAGGGAGGAAAAAACGGGUCCCGCCUGUCUCGGUGAGGAGGGAUGAGAACCCUAAGGAAGUUUUCCAAGACCAAUUGUGAGAAGAAGCAAACGUGGGAGACUCAGUGGAAGCAUUAAUAUCCAGGGAGCUGUGUAAAGUGUUGAGCGAUGAGCAUUUCAAAGCACCUCCCACUACAAAGGUUCUGAAUAAUGUUAAUAAAGACAACGUACAAGUGUAUGAAUACAUAAGGAGAAGUAAAUAACUGUCAAGAUUAACUGUUCUUUGGAUGUUUUAUUAUCAUGUCUUGUACAAUUUUUUUAAAGUAGAAUGAAACGACAAUGGCUUUAAAGUUGGGUUUGUGCAUGUUUUUGGGGGCAGGCGUGUGACAUUUGAAGUCUUCUUGUUCAUGCAACUUGGGCGCAGCCGAGGGAAGAGACUUAAGAGGUGCUUCCUGAGAGGAGGAAGAGCAGCGAUGAGGUGGGGAUGCUCAGGAGAGGGGAGCCGGGAGGGUGGAGUCUGUCAAACAGCAAAAUGUAGCACAGGCUUUAAGCAGUUUCUCAGUUGCGAUUGGGGAAUCAAUUAGGGAAUAAAUUGGGGAAUUUAGCUGUAAAAUUUAGCACUUCAAGCAUUAAAACUGAUCUUUAAAAUAGCGGAGGACAGGGGAGAAAAGUGUCAAGCUAUCCAUUUCCAUACUGCAAAGGACUGGUGCUAUUUUUACUUCAACUCUUUUGUUUGUUUCUGCUGUGUAUGUACUUCAAAUUUGCAAUAAAAAUUGGAAACGUUACUCUGACUACAAUUAAAAGAUACAAGAUCUGUUUUAUAUAGUCUUUAUUUAUAACUUCAAACUUUCUGUGAUUUAAUUUUCUAAUGCUCUGCAAAAUGUUAAUUCUAUCAGUAUGUGUCAGAAUUUAAGCAGGAAUGUCAGGUUUUGCUUCCUUUCUGUGUACCGGAAUAGUUCUAUUGACUACAUCUGUAUCACCCUUAACUUCUGUUGUGCGCAGCUCCAGUUUUGUCUCCUUUUUCUAAAAUAAAAAGACAAUCUCUUCUGUUAC